CCGUAGUAUAUUCACAGCUCGUUUUUGACAUAAGUAAAUAUAUCUGUCUGAGAUAAGUUGGUACUUAUCUUAAUGUACGGUGAAUUGCACAAUGGAUCCAGACAAUUAUACUGACAGUGAUGGUGAAACUCAUCUGAGUUCUCCUGAAAGCCAUCUGGCUGUUCCUGGAUACAUCAGCUCAUUACCACACUCUCCGACCACUGAUACCCUAGAGUCCGUCACUCUAGACCCACCACCAAGCAAUGGGCAAGACGACAGUGUGGAAACGGAAAACAUUGAGUGUACCGGCAACUCUGGAGGAAUUACCUUUGAAGCAGAACCUGCUGUAGAGGACAUUAUACUGAGCUCUCCGUCUGACCACAGCUCCGACAGAGUUCUUAGUCCAUGCUCAGCAAGUGAACCUGCCCAGAAAGAUGAUGGUGUUACUUCAAAACCAGAUCCACUGGAUGUGUUCACUUCUGUGAAGAUGGAUGACAGCAUCAGUCUGGAACAAGAGAAACCAAACCUCAGCAGUUAUUUUGGUGUACCUGAUUCUGUAGCAGAUGACUUCUUUGACUCAAUAUCAGGAGAAACCCCAAGUGCGGGAGGUGAUUCCAUUGCUGUGUCUGAUCAGAUUGCAGCUGCCCAGCAAGAGAGUCAGGUAGAGCCCCAGACAGAGCCAGACAGCAAGCAACAGCAGCAGCCACAGGACUUUGAACACACAUUGACACAGGAGCACCAAGAGACUCUUGUAUCAAAUACACCAGAGGUACAAGCUGAUAAGUCCUGUAACAACAACAGUGGUGGUAUUUUUCAUCAAGAAGAUAUGGUUGCUUCGUCGGAGCCAGAGACAAUCUCAUUUGAAGGGGAGAUCCUGCUGUCCACUGAGAAUGAUGGCGGCAAGUCAGGAUCACAGGAACUCCUGGACCAGGAUGAGGAUGAGUUUGAAUCAUUCACAGCCCAAGGUGAGGAAGUGGAAUCUGUCCCUGGUGACCAAGUCCAUUCGUACGAGCCUGAAUCGCCACUCAAAUCUGCAGACGAGAACAAACCCCAGGAUUCUUUACACCCAGGCUUCCAUCAUUCGUUACACCAAACACCAAGUGUUGGGACAACUCCUACUCAGUUGUCUCCCCUUUCCACUCCAGUUCACCAUUCACAGUCGGCUCCGCAGCCUGGUCCGGUCUCGCCUGAUGUGUCGACGUUUGCACCCCCAAGUUUUGACAGACAGUCUUCAGUACCAUCCAGUCCAUUUCACCAGGCUGUUCCGUCUGUAUUUACCACCCUGGCAGGGGACAGCACCUCGGACGAUCCGUUUACCGCUAGUAUUGGUGCAAGCGAUGCUGAUAGGAGAUUUGACGCGUGGAUUCCUUCGGAUGCUACCAGACACAUACUGUUUACUAUGGCAACAAGUCAACCAGGGUCUUACCUGCCAGCCCAAGAACUACUUAGUGCACCUGUAGUUCUGCACAAUAAACCACAGGGUGAUCCUGUGCGUGACCUUGUCUGCCAGUACAUGGGGGAACAAGAGGCGAUCAAGCGACAGUCUCUAACUGCUGACUCCGUGACACAGGACACCAGGGGACUUCAGAAACUUGUGGAGUAUGGAUGUCUUAGAGCUGCUGUGGAUCUUACUAGGAUCUUGUUGACUGAUGUAGGACAGGGCGAGGCGACCAGUGAAUCCUACACACAACACACACCAGAUACGUUACAGCUAUGGUUUUGUCGACUCUCACUAUUAACCCGUCUUAAGCUCCACGAGUUGGCUGACUCGGAAAUGCAAGCCUUCCAUGCACUGGAUUCUCCCGACCUUUACUUUGAAUUCUACCCAAGCGUAUUUCCAGGAAGGCGUGGCUCCAUGGUUCCAUUUGGUUUGCGUCUGUUGCAUGCAGAGUUACCCAGUUUGCUUGGAAGAAGUCACGAGUCCCUCGAUAGACUGUAUUAUGUUCUGGCUGUAACGUCCAAGAUUGUGCUGAAUCUGGAGAAUGGCUUUGCAGAGGAUGGCAGUGGUGUGGAGUUGACCAGUGAAAGUAGGAAAGCUUCACUUGAGCUGUGGAUGAAGCGACAGACACAAGUCCUGUUUAAGAUAGCAUCAGUGUUGCUGAACAUCAAGGACUAUGAAGCUGCUUUAACGAUCUAUGAUCAACUGCUGAAUAAGGACGACAUUAAUAAGGAGGCACUUCUUACUGGAACUGGACGAGUUUAUCUUCAGAUGGGCAAUGUUAUAAAGGCAGAAGAAAUGUUCAAGCAGGUGGAAGUUACCACAGAGAAGGGAAACAGUUCUGCUGUCUGCAGGAAUGCAAUGAACAGGGGUCUGUUGUCGUUGUGCCAGAAUAAGUUCUCAGAUGCGUAUGAGCAUUUUAAGUCGGCUGUGCAGUGUGAACCAAGAAAUACAUGUGCAAUCAACAACAUGGCUGUGUGCUCACUGUACCUAGGAAGACUGAAGGAUGCGUUGAACACACUCGAGUCGCUGGUUCACAAGGACCCGGAUAACAAUCUGUACGAAGGCGUUCUCUUCAACCUGUGCACGCUGUACGAACUGGAGUCGUCGAGAGCGCUACACAAGAAACAGGCCGUGCUCGACUCUGUCAGUCGACACAAGGGCGACAGCUUCCCGGUCGUAUCUCUCAAGAUGUCGUGAUAGUCAUUUUAUACAAAUUAUAGCUAUAGGACUUCAGUAUCAGUGUGUAAUAUUCUUUCAGUGUGAGGCCAAAAAUAUAAUAUAAUAAAAUGUAUAUGUAUAUGUAUAUGGUUAACAUGGUUAUAUGGUGUUAUAUAAGAAUUGUUUCGUAAUUUUGUGUGACUGUUAUACAUUGAUAAAUUCACCAAAAAUUUUAACGAUACACAUAAAUCAGUUUCUGAUGCCCUUUCCAGGAAGUUUGUAAUUAUAAAUAUUUAUUGAUUUUUCAAUAUUAAUUUUACCAGGUAUAUUUGUGGUUCAUAAAAUAUACGUGAUUUUUAACUAUCAUAUGCCUCAUGUCUCAGAAGGUGUUAUUCAUUGAAUAUUUUAUGUCGUAUCAUUUCUUUUAAUUACCCUAAAAUUGUUCUCUGUGUGCAAAUUAUUUAUGCUUUUCUUUGAAAAUAAAAAGAUGUGUAGAAUUCAUUCCUCAACACAUUUAUUGUGAUUGCCUUCAAAUGAACCAAAUGCCAAAUUAACAAAGACCUUUCUAAGCAUAGCUCAUUCAAUGUGCAUGCAAACUAUACCUUUUUGUCAAAAGAUACUAAUAAAACUAUGCUAGUAGUACCAAGCUUCUAAACACCUUGCUAACUUUAGAGUUAUGAAGACGUAACUCUUAGUCACUAGCAAUACUAUAAAAUUAGUUGUUUAGUGGACAACGCUUACGAAGAAAAAUUCUCAUCAAAUUAGUGUUUAGGAAUGAAAAUUGCUUUUGAAAGAAACAGGAUAAACAAAAAAUAUUAUUUAUAUUGCAUAAAUAUUAAUGAUUACCUUUAAGGUUUUUCAUUCUCACAAUUACAUCAUGUAGUAACCAAGAAAUUAAAAAGCAUAAUGUCUAAUGACACCUUGGAACAAGUUUCAAUGAUGACUAUUUGCUGUCAGUUUCUUGCUCUAGCCAGUGCACCACGACUGGUAUAUCAAAGGCUGUGGUAUGUGCUAUCCUGUCUGUGGGAUGGUGCAUAUAAAAAAUCCCUUGCUACUAAUGGAAACAUGUGGGUUUCCUCUCUUC